UCAGGAAGCUGGCAUGCAUGGAAUCACAUCUAUUUGUAUUUCUUUACAACAGAAGAACAUUUCAGCCUAUUUGGUCACUUAACCUGGAAAUAUGUUUGCACAUUUCCACCACGGUCUCCUUUCAUCUCUCUUACUCACUAUGACAAUCCUCUACCUGUCGGGUCCCGGGUGCCAUGGCGGGAAGAUACUGGUGGUUCCGCUGGAAGGAAGCCACUGGGUAAACAUGGACAUUCUGAUAAGGGCUCUACACGACCGUGGACAUUCCAUCACUGUGGUACGGACAACCAAGAGCUGGUACAUCAAAGAGGACUCAACCUACUACGACUCAAUCACGGUAUCUGUCACUGAAGGCUUUGAUGAGGAAUUUAUAAAGCCAAUCCUGCAAAAACUGUUUGACAUAGAGAGGGGUAAAAGCUCAGCUUUGAAUUUCUUUAGUCUGCAGCUGGAGGCAAUGUAUUUCAUCCCCAAAUCUGUUGAUCAUGUGUGUUUAAUGGCGACCACCAUGUUCGAAGACAAAGCCCUGAUGCAGAGCCUGAAUGAGAGCCAGUUUGAUCUGGUGCUCACAGACCCUGCCUGGGGAAGUGGUAUAAUGCUGGCUCACUACCUUCAGCUACCCUUAGUCUACAAUGUCAGAUGGAUCACCACAGGGGAAGGACAUCUUACGUUAGCACCUUCACCGUUAUCCUACAUACCACUGACAGGAUCAGGGCUCUCAGACAAGAUGACUUUCUCAGAGAGGGUUAAGAACAUGCUAUUCUAUUUGCUGUUAAUGGCACAGAACAACAUGAUUCUUAAACCACGGUACCAAGCUGUGUGUGAUAAGUAUUUGACACCAAAGGUGGAUUUCUUUGAGCUGCAGCAGUCAGCAGAUAUUUGGCUGAUGCGGGUCGAUUUUGUGUUUGAGUUCCCACGCCCCACUAUGCCCAAUGUUGUUUACAUGGGUGGGUUCCAGUGUAAGCCAGCAAAGCCCCUUCCUGAAGACCUGGAGGACUUUGUCCAGAGCUCUGGAGAACAUGGAGUCAUCAUCAUGUCUUUAGGGACAUUUGUAAGUGAAGUUCCAAGUGACAUUACUGAAGAUAUAGCAGCAGCUUUUGCUGAGCUCCCCCAGAAAGUUAUUUGGAGGUACACUGGAGAGAGACCAUCCACCCUGGGUAACAACACCCUCCUAGUGGAGUGGAUGCCCCAAAAAGACCUACUAGGUCACCCUAAAAUCAGAGCCUUUGUAGCCCAUGGAGGAACAAAUGGAGUUCAAGAGGCCUUGUAUCAUGGUGUUCCAGUUGUGGGCAUACCUCUGUUUUUUGACCAGUAUGACAAUCUGUUGCGACUGAAAGAGAGAGGAGGAGCUAAGAUGCUCAGCAUUGCCACCACAAAUAAAGACACGUUCCUCCAGGCUUUGCAGGAGGUGCUCCAUGAGCCAUCCUACAGGGAGAACAUGCAGAGGCUCUCCAGGCUGCACAGAGACCAGCCAAUGCAGCCCCUGGACCGAGCCCUCUUCUGGAUUGAGUUUGUUAUCAGGAACAAAGGUGCUGCUCACCUGCGCACAGAGUCCUACAAGAUGCCUUGGUACUCCUACCACUCUGUGGAUGUGGUUGUAUUCUUACUGGCUGCGGUUAUCUCUGUUGUUGUGAUUUCCUUUGUUGUAAUCAGAUAUACAUGCUUUAAACUGUUAGGAAUGAAGAAAAUAAAACAUGAAUGAUU